AGGGAAUCAUGGCCAUGAGGACUCAACGGAUCAGGUAGCGGCCAACCAAGCCACGAAGCAGACGCUUGGCUCUCCUCUCUCUUCUCCUUACUAAACAAGUUGUAAAUCGUUGUGUUUCCCGUUUACUGUGAUAAAGGUUUGGACGCACCACGGUCAUUACCUGCUAACGAUCGACUCUUGAACGGAAACGAACCGAAUUCAUUCUUACGGGAGUCUCGUAUCACUUAAGGUUGUUUUGUUUCGAAAACAGGUUGAUGCGAACGGGACGUCCUUUCUGGCCAGUUUUUGAUUGCAGAAGUAUUUUGUAAAAGUAUAAGAAUGGUAAUUGAAGGAGGAGGCAAGAAAAAUGACGCCGGGUACUGGGUCAAAGGAGAAGGAGGCCAAAAGCAUGGAUUUGCUCUUCUUGAAGAAGUGAUGAGAGAGAAUGUGGUGACUCUUCCCCUUCUGUUGGAUUAUGCAGCUGGCAAACAUGGGGACACACCGUGCAUGGGGACCAGACAGAUCAUUGAGAGGCAAAGAACAGCGGAAAACGGCAAAAAGAUGGAAAAACUGAAGCUGGGCGAUUACUCUUAUAUCAGUUACCAGGAAGUCCAGAAUCUGGUGGUUAAUUUUGCCCAGGGGUUGAACAGCUUAGAUAUCAAAAGUGGGGAUCGCAUUGCCAUGCUUGCAGAAACACGAUCUGAAUGGUUUAUCUCGGCUAUGGGUUGCCUUCGGCAAAAUGUAGCAGUAGUCACUCUGUACACAAACCUUCCGGAUGACAGCAUUGCUAUUAGCAUCAAAGAAACUGAAGUGAAAACUGUGAUAAGCUCUUUUGAUUUAUUACCUAGACUGAUAAAAAUCCUGCCAAAGUGUCCUGAUGUCAAACAGGUUAUUGUGAUGGAAGAUCAAGUGGAGGGCGCAGGAUCUGUUCAAGAAGAUGGAAUCAAGCACAUCCCAUUUAAAGAAGUAUUGUCCUUGGGUAAGAAUUGUGAAAAUGUAACUAACUCCUUACCCACUGCUGAGGACUUGGCUAUAAUUAUGUAUACGAGUGGGUCUACAAAUCAGCCCAAAGGUGUACAACUCACUCACACAAAUAUCAUGUAUGCUAUCAAAGCUUACAUCAUUCAGGCAGACCUUACUGUGGGCGACAGAUAUCUUGCGUAUCUCCCUCUUGCACAUGUCAUGGAGUUGGCUACAGAACUAGCACUUAUUGCAAUGAAUGUCACAAUCGCAUAUUCCUCACCAAUGACCCUUACGAGCAACAGUCCAAAAAUUAUGAAAGGCACCAGGGGUGAUGCAAUUAUUGCACGUCCAACCUGUAUGAGUGCUGUUCCUCUCAUUCUAGAGAGAGUAAUCAAGGGAGUAGCUGCAGCAGUUGAAAAUCAGGGAUAUUUGAAAGCUAUGCUUUUUACUAAAGCUCUAAAAUAUAAGCAGAGGCAGGAUAGGCCUUCCUUUUCUUCAAGAGUGCUAGAUGCCAUAAUUUUCAACAGAGUUAAGGAAGAACUAGGAGGCCAGCUGAGGAUGAUGGUGGUUGGUGGAGCACCACUAUCACCAGAAAUUCACAAUAAAUUUAGAGCAAUAUUUGGAUGCACCAUACAAGUUGGCUAUGGUGCUACAGAAACAUCAGCAUCCAUAUGCAGUAUGGACAGCGAUGACUACAGGACAGGGCACUGUGGACCACCUAACUAUGAAGUUCUGGUUAAGUUGCGAGACUGGGAAGAGGGUGGCUAUUUGUCUACAGACACACCUUAUCCUCGAGGUGAAAUAAUUGUUGGUGGCCCAAUGAUAUCAAAAGGUUACUACAAGCUAUCGAAAGAAACCGACGAAGCAUUUAUUGAAGAGGAUGGUGUCAGAUGGUUCCUGACUGGAGAUAUUGGAGAAUUUGACGAAACUGGCGUAUUAAGAGUUAUUGACAGGAAGAAAGACUUGGUAAAACUGGAAACUGGUGAAUAUAUAUCUUUAGGAAACAUUGAAUCUAGACUUAAAACGCACAUCCUCAUUGAGAGCCUCUGUGUCAUUGCUAAUCCUGGAGCCAAGUAUGGCGUAGCUGUAAUGGUACCUGUUGCUGAUCAACUCAAGAAAAUUGGAAUCAACUGUGGAUUCCACGAAGAUACCUGUCUGAAAGAGCUGUGCAGUGAUGAAAAAGUAACUACCUGUGUCCUUGAGGAAUUGAAAGCUCAUGGAAAGAAGCAAGGUCUAGGAAGGUGGGAUCUCCCCGCUGCCAUUCACCUGACUCCAGAGCCAUGGACUCCUGAGUCGGGGCUAGUCACAGCAGCACUGAAGAUCAGAAGAAAGAAUAUCAAGGAACACUUCAGGAAUGACAUAAAAAAUAUGUAUGAUAAGGUGAACAGUGGUGAAUAAGGGAUUUCAAUUUUUAUGCAAAUUGGUAUGUUAACAAAAUCUGUAUUUGAAUGAAGCCAAAACUAGUGUAAGAGAAAGAAAACCUAAGUUUUGCACAAGAUGAGACUACAGAUAGUGAACAUCACUUAUUUUGGUCACACUUCAACAGCGUGAAUUCUUUUCAACUGCCCGAAUAUGAAUUUUUGAUGAUGACUUACUAGAGGGGUAUAAUAAGUCCAAACAAGUAAACAAUUUUUGUUUCUGAAGUCGUUAUUACUCUAACUUUCAGUGUGACAAACUGGUAUGUAACCUUACCUUUUUUGUUCACAAUAGAACGAGCUACAGUUUAGCCCUUAUAUUUUUUGUCUUUCCUUGAGGGAGAAAUUUUCUUAAGUUUUGUCGUGUUCCUCAAUAUUUUUUUCAUUUCUUAUACAGUAUUUAACAACUUUAUGAUUUUGUGUAGACUAGAACUACCUGUGUAUUUUUAUAUAACAAUAUAUUAUAUAUAUAUAUAUAUAUAUAUAUAUAUAUAUAUAUAUAUAUAUAUAUAUAUAUAUAUAUAUGUUUGGAGUGUGUGUUUGUGUAUGUGCAAGUGUUUGCAUUACAGAUGAGGCUGACUUGUAACCGUGUUAUUCACGAAGAAAUGUUACAAAUUGAUGACAAAAGUAAAAGUUGUGUUCUCUUCAGGAAUAGGUAGAUGCUUGCGCUUGCGAUCUCCUUUUUACACCCAAUUCCUUCAUUAUUUUAUUCUCAGUAAAUAUUUACAAAAGUAAAAGCUUUCCUUCAUGGUAUGGAAAAGCAGUCAGGAAAUGUAAAAUAACUCUUACACAACUACUGGUACACCAGGAGAAGAAAUAAACUCUGCACAAUACACGAAGCAAACAACAUCGUAAUCGUUUGCUGCCUUCUGCAUCGUCAGAGUGCUAUUGUCUGCAGGCGUUAAGUGAUAAGAAAUGUACAGUUACAGAAGCUUGACCAGCAAGCCUAAAAUGGAACGAACACCGUAUGGUAUAGGCCCAAAAGGUUCUGUUGUAUUUAAAUUAAACGGAUGGUCUCUUACCUGCGUUUCAAAGAACAACAACUAAAAUUCGAAUCUGAUCUGGUAAAACAGAGAGGAUAAUGUGUUUAUUACUGAAGUCAUUGUCGCAAUGAAAGGAAAACCUUACGAUGUGACGAGUGAACAGACGUUCUGGUGCUACGUUUAGCAACCAAUAUUCAUGUAAUUUUUAAGUGUUCGGUUUUCGUUGAUAACAUUAACAUUAUCUAACCACGUUAAAGAAAGGGUUCACUUUGGUCAGCUGUCGUUUAAUAAGUGUUAUCCAUUGGAAUAUGUGGAUACCAUAAGAUAGGAAUGACUACGUCUGUAAAUACACGAAAAUAUAAGAAAAUGUGGGUAAAGCACAUUUAUAUCUCAAAUUGAGUGUUCUUUACUUGUCAAGUCUUCCAGUGUUUUUCAUUCAGCAUAUUAAUGUUGGUGCAUAUCCCAGCACUUAAGAGAUGAAUGUGUUUUUCUACAUUUUUAAAAUAAGAGUGUUUCAUGAAUUAUAUUUAUUUGUGUAGUUCCAGAUGCAAAAAGGCGUGCUUUAGAAGGACUCUAGGUUUUUGUUUAUAAAGGUGACUAAAGUAGCCUAGAGUAUGCGAAGUAGUGACCCGUGUUUAUACAGGUUUAUGUAGAUAUUUGUGUUAUGUGGACGGAUGUUUUGUUGCCAUGUACUUUUCUUUUUUUUUAUGUUAAAGUUGAUUUGUUCCCUCAAAAAAUAUUUGUUGGUUUUUGUCAAGUACUGAAUUAAAAAUCAAGAAUCUC